AUGCCUACAUUGGCGCUUCCCGGUGGCACGUCACCCAGCCUCGGCCGAGCCAUCGUUGCGGCUAUCAUAGCCAACCGAUGGACUUCAUCAUGGAAAAUAGUUAUCCUUUCGCGCUCUUCUCGGGCUCCCACUUGGCUACGUGCAAUUGACCAAGAAUCAACACGUACCACUAUCCGCACCGUCGACUACCUGUCUGUGGAAUCACUUGUGGCUGCCUUAAAGGGUGUCCACACUGUCAUAUCCGUCACUUCGGCCAUCGACGGUACCCAAGCACAGAUUCAGAUUAACAUACUUAAUGCCGCGCUCCGGGCUGGAUGUAAGCGCUUCUCUCCAUCCCAAUGGGGUUUCGGACCUAAGGGCUGGGAGAAUAUUGCUACCCUUCGAUGGGGGAGCCAAGGCGUGUGGGAUGAAUGUAUCAAGCAUAAAGGCGAGAUAGAGUGCGCCAACUUCAACCAAGGAUCUUUCAUGAACUACCUUGGUCAUGGGAUAUAUCCUUUCCCCUCUCAACCCGAGUCUGACGAGGCUACAGCUCUUCUCCAAUUAAAGAAAGGAGGAGGGUAUAUCCCUGGCGAGGAUGAAGCGUGCCAGGGACUCCAGAGACAAGGGCCUCUGACUGAUCAGUCGGGGGCUUUUCUCAUUGGACUCAAAAAUGGCAUCGCAGAGCUUCCCAUCAAGGACGACGGCCACUGGCCACGGAUCACCAUGACCUCUAUGAGAGAUGUGGGCCGAUUUGUCGCUGCUUCUCUUAACGUGCCAAAGUGGGAAGAAAACAUGAGUAUGGCAGGAGACACCCUGACGAUGGGAGAACUGUUAGCGCAUGCUGAAGCUGUGACUGGGAAGAAGUUCAAAGUAGUCAUCCUAAAGCGAGAGGAUCUCGAGAAGAGAUUGGCAGGCCUGGCUCAGGAUGACUUCAUGGGCCAUAUGUGGACCGAGUUCAACCUUGCCUAUGUCCGAGAUUUAGAGGACGAGGUGGUCCUGCACCCCACUGUGAACAGGCUUUGUCCUGAAGUGAAGCCUAUGAGUGCGCGAGAGUACAUGGAAAUGUUUUGGAGUGAUUGA